GAGACACAUCACCCGGCCUGUGUACAUCCUCCCAUCUAUGGCAGCAGGCUGACCGGGAACACAAGUACCGUCUCUUCUUUCCACUUGGCUUCUGUUUCCAGCAGGACAUAUUCCAGUGAAGCACCCUUCUCUUCCUAUCCACCUAUACACACUCCCCCGAACCAAUAUAUAGCCAAAGCAGGCCGAGGGAAGCGGCUGGAUCCAGGUGCACAGAAUCCUUGUGUCUCUUUAAGUGUGAUAUACAACAUCUUGGUGAAUGGAUCCUGAAAGCUGGAGAAUGGCUGCAACCAACCUUAAAUUUCUCAACCAGCAGAAAAAUGUCACUGUACCAAGGACUUUACAAGUAAAUCAUAGCAAGUACUUGUCUACAGAAAGACUAAAAAAAACAGCCAUUGUAAUGGCAAAGGAAGAGCCUGCACGCCUGGAAGGCCGGUUGCUACAUGUCGAAGGCAGAACCAGUUACAGGUGUGGCCGCAUAUCAUUGGAUCAAGGGGAAGUGAACAAAGGUUAUGGCGAAGACAGCAGGAAGAUCAUGGUCAGUAAACAUUCAGUAAACAAGUGGGUCAACCUAGUACCAAAUUCCUUGGAUCACAGAGGAAAUGUAGCACUUAUCACUUAUGGAAGCAGUGUACAAAAGUUUAAGGCACCUUAUGAAAUGGAACUUAAAAAGCUGCCUACACUAAAUAAGGAAAUUACUCGUUCCUUUAUUACAAAACAGGAGAAGACAUAUUCACAAGUGUUCAGAAAAGAUGUAAAGAUCAGUGCUUCCAACUGUAGCAAUGCCAAAGAUCCUGCUUGUAAAGUUUUUGGGGAUAAAGUCACUGUAAAAACUGAACCAAUUUUAGUUGAAGAUGAUGAUGUUCAUGAUGAAGACUCUAGCCUUUACCCUGGAAUUCCAUUCCAUCCUUCCCACAAGAGAGUAGCGAGGCUUAAUCAUGCUCCCUUUCAGGGCGGUACAAGUGAACCAUUGAAGAGAAUGAAAUUAAGUGGUCAAGAGGCUUUGAUGCGCUCAGCAGAAAGAUUCAACCAGAAAAUGCUCAAUCAGCAACGCAUUCAGUAUAAGGAAUUGCCUGCUGCAAGUGGCACCUUUAUGCAAAAUGAUAUUGGCGUAAGCAGCAUUCAAAGAGAUAAAUAUGUUCGUAUACCACCUGAUGACUCAAAAGGGGAACUAGCCAUUUCUGUACCAAAAGAAAAAUCUGGAAGCUCCACCUUCAGGAGAUUUCUGCUUAUUGACAGCCAAGGUCUGCCUUACACUGUGGUUGUAGAAGAGUCUAAAACGUCAAAAGAUAAUAUUCCAACCAAUGAUUCCAGCUCAGACCUUACACAUAUUGAUGUCUCAAAAUCAGUAGCGCCAAGAAAGGUCUAUAAAUGCCCAGUGUGCUUUCGGAUAUUUGAGUAUCUGUCCUACCUCCAAAGACACAGCAUUGCCCAUUCCCAGCAGAAGCCUCACGUAUGCAAGAUUUGUGGCAAAGCUUUUAAGAGGACAUCCCAUCUUACACGUCAUAAAUACACUCAUUUUGGUGGGAAACCUUGCCAGUGCCAAAUUUGCCAUCGCAGGUUUCGGGAUAUUGGUGAGCUGUCACGUCAUCAGCUGAGUCAUACUGGGGAACGGCCUCACCAAUGUGAAGUCUGCCACAUGCGCUUUGGAGAGCGCAACACUUUGCAGCGUCACAUGCUUGCAAAACAUUAA